AUGGCUUGCACUAAGAAAGCAAAUUCUUCAGUAAAAGCUUGUGGAUCAAAGAUGAGUGGUUGCUCAACAGAUUCAAAGAAGUCUAGCUGUAAAACUGCUUCCAAGAACUGUAAUGCAAAGUCAAGUAAGAUGCCAGUAAAGGAGACUCCAAAAUCUGCCUCUUUAGCACCUUCAAAAUCUUGCAAAAGCUCUUGUUCAUCAAAAUUAUCAGUGGCAAUGAGUAAGUCCUCUUCAAAGCCUAAUCUGAUUAAAAGAGAACAGACAGCUACAAAACCCGUUGUUAAGAAGACAAUAACCAAAACUAGCAAGAAGGGAGGAGAGACCUUAAAUAGUAAGAUCGUCAAAUCUAAAGGAUCAGGAGCUAAAACGACUAACAAAAUUGUCAAGAAAGGUGCUUCUUUGAGUACAAAAAAGGUUACAAAGAGUGAAGAGGCAAAAAAUAAGAUUUUGGAUAAUAUUGUAAAAGAAAUAUUAACAGGAAAUAAGAAAGGAAAGUCGGAGGGUACUGUAAAGAAAGAGGUUAAAACUGUGAAAGACAAUCACAAAGAAAAGAAGACUGCUGCUGUUAAAAAGACCAAAACAAAGCCUAAGCCAAAAGCUUCAUCACCAUCUUCUACAUUGAAAAAACUACCAGCUUCAGCAACUUCCUUAACUGCUAGAAAGAAUGCAAUGAAAUGCGAUACUAAGAAUGUGGGUGAUUCAAGUUUAAAGACUCCUACAAGGAUUUCAAGGCUUUCAUGCUCAUCAACACCAAUUUCAUCUUUAAUGGGUAAAAAUGAUUUUGAUUCAGAUAACGGAGCAGCUAGUGGAGGAACUAUUGGCGACUUAAUUAGGACUCCAGUACAUUUAGUUUCUUCAGCUUUUAGAAGAAUGACAAAAAUCUUCAAGAAUUAG